GUUGUAUGCUAAAGCGCUAAAAGACAUUGUGAUUGUAAAACUAGGUUGAAAUUUUCUGUAUGGAUCUAUGCGUGGAUACACUAUGGAUGUUUAGGCUGCAAAUCCUACUAUAACUUCCACUCUCAUGCGGUACAGGAGAACGUAGAUAGCAAGAAAGGCUUGCUCAGACGUGCCGUCGGAUGUCUCGAUAAGCUCAUCAGCACUACCCCAGGCCGUCCCGCAACGUUCAAGAUAUAUUUGGGUAGAAUCGGACCGACGGAUCUAUGCGGAGGGAAGACGCAAUAGUAAGCCGGAACCGAUCGUGUCCUCGACUUUGAAUGCUACGACACAGAUGGAUUUCUCACGUCUCGGUAGUCUUGGACAAAUCCGGCGGGUUGAUCCUGCUUUCGUUGCCUGUCUUGAUGCACUCAGCGAUUCGGGUAAGAACAUCGCCAUGUCGAUUCUUCGGUAGCAGGCUCGACGGGCUGCACAGCAUACGACCGGUAGGAAUGGACGAACGUCUGAUCCAGCAACUCGAUCGAUGGCUUGAUGGCUGCCUAGAUGACUCAGUCGUAAGAUGCACACCGUUUAAACGGCAUACAGCGAGCUGGACAAAGCGCGCACAGUCAGCAAUACAUACCAACAACGUACCGCGCGCGCAUUUGAGGUAUAUGGCGACAGAUCAGCCCCCGGCGAUCGGAAAGGCCAAGAUCCGCCAUCCUCGCCGUAUCCCGCGGACCAACAAGCUCACAGACCCUCUCGAGCGGCACGACGAUAAGCAGCGGCAGUCAGCAGUGGAGAUUCCAGAAUCAGUAUCGAGAAUCAACGGGACCCGGAACCCUUUUGAACCAUCACCGUGCCGCGCACAUGGCAGCUGUCAAGGUAGGGCUGAACAUCAUCCGUGGGACCGGAAGGCGCUACAUCCGCCGCCGAAGCCGCGCUAGAAAGGUCGUGCAAUCGCGCAAGCCACCACAACACCACGGCAGGUCGAGCCGGAUGCAGCAACCAACCCCGAGCAGAUGCCACGCAACCACUCCGGGGGCUGGAUCCACUCUGGCUUCACCCUGAAUCUCGCGAUUUGCGAUUU